AUGGAUCAAAUAGAUUCAGAGGAGCCGUUGACAUCGCAUGUUAGGCCAGCUACGGACGCAGUUUUAACUAUCCGGAUCAUCAAAUCAUUCCCGUACAGAAAUAUAAGAAAUCAUAUCUUAAAUUCAGUGGACUUAAAAGACACUACGCCGAAGCAGUUACUAGAAGAAGUAUCAAAGAUCAUUGAAACUGACGGGAAGCUACGUCCAUGCCGAAAUGUCAACUAUGACACACUUAAAAUAUACACCAAAGCGCAUGGAACCAAAUCAAUGAAUCUCGUCAUCAACUUUGACCAUGACGAUAACUGGGUCAUUGUGAGUAAAACCAUACCAGGUGAUAAGACCAGCUUGUGGGAUUUGGGUAUCGAGAACGAGACCGAAAUCAGCAUGUUUAACUGGCAAGAUUAUUUAGACUACAAAGCCAAUCCAGAAGAAAAAUGGUAG